AUGGCCAACACGGCAGAGCAUCAGCCAAGGGUCAGUACCACAAAUCAACCACCAACAUCUAGCAUAAUAGAGCCGUUCCCAGACUUCGAGCCAGCCGACCAACCACUAGUGACUCGCACAACAGAGGUGCCACCCAUGCCGAAAGUCAUGGAUUGGGCCGUGGCACCGACUGGUUCGCGCUCUCGCGCCGACGAAAUCAUCCGCCAAGUUGAAUAUUACUUCAGCGACGAGAACUUACCACAUGAUGCGUACUUGCUGGGCUUCGCUGGUAUGCAGGGCACGAACCCAGUCAGUAUCAGCUUGAUCACGGGUUUCAAGAAGAUGAAGCAGUAUCGCCCGAACUCGGCCGUUCGCGAAGCACUCAGGGGUAGCACUGUUGUUGAGGUCGUAGACAACAAGCACAUUAAGCGCCGCGAGCCUCUCACCAUCCGGCCCACUGUCACCCCGAGGAUCGAUAUCAACAGGUACAAAAAGCAACUUCAAGCUGCUCAGCAACCACACAUGACCGCAGGCAUGCUCAAACCGACCGGAUUCGAGCCAUACGCCACUGAAGGCCCGAUCUCACCAGUGCAGUACGAGAAAAACCUGGAGAAGUACGGCCCGGACGAGGGUAUCAUCGCCCGCAUGGAGACGGCUGUCAACAGCUUCAGCGACAGUCGCAAGAUGCACCAGCACAUACGUCGAGUAUUUGAAAAGUUCGUAUUGUUCGGUGGGUUUGGCACCAACAACCGCAUGUUUCAGGGUGGCAUGAACAAGAAGCAGGCCAAGGCAGCAGGACUCGCCGGAGAAGAAGUGCAGACGACCGAAUACUACGGCAUUGUGGAGCAGGUCAGCGACGCCUUCUACGCUGAAGAGGAUGGGUCGAAGAAGUCCAAUUGGGUGGUUGACUUCGAAGGUAUCGCGAAAGCCUUCCUGUCUUCGCAGUUCCUUCAGCACUUUGAGUGGACGGAGGCAAAGCAGGUCGCAACCACUUGCAUGGUCCUCCGCAACUUCUACAACUACCUCAUGGCGCACUCCGCGUGUCCUGAAUACCACGACCAGUUGCUCGCCGCUCGUGCCGUUUGUGAUGCCGCAGAGAUCGAGUUGCCAAAGCUCGCGAUCACCGAUCGUAGUCUGCCGGGUGCUUUCAACAGCGCUUGCUCUACUCUACUCGGUGGUUCAUGGGCCAAUGCUCGUCGCGCAAAGGACAGCUGGGCGAAUGAUGGUGACAACCUCGGACUCGAGCGUGAUCAAGCCGAUAUCAUUGUCAAGGCUGGUAUUGCAGCUUAUGGUUCUGACGAGCAGUCGAAGGCUUUCAACGACGGCUUGAGCCAUACUUCGACGGAGAGAGGCGGAUUAGAGAUUGUGGGCGUUCAGCUGGCCGAUGAGAAGACCAAGCAGUUUUAUGCCGAUCUUGGUGGUCGUGAGGGGUACGAAGCCUUUAUUCGCUGCAUGGGCAAGCUCAUCUGCAAGCGUUGGACUGUACCAUUCGCUGCUCCGGUUGACGUGCCUACAAGUGCGAAGGUCAAGAUCGACAAGGAUGAGACGUUCACUUUCCUUGUCGAAGACGAAACUCUCAUAUUCUGCGAGCUAGGCAUGAAGAUGGCGGUGACUGUCAUCGAGAUGAACAACGGUUUCAAGUUCAUCGACAGCAUCGAGAUGAUGUUCCCGACUUUCUAUGAGUUCCUGCCAAACGAGCGCAUCUUCGAGUGGAAGGAACCUGGCCCGCCGAAGGCAUGGAUGGCUAGGCAGACCGUCAACAAGGAUGGAGGCGAGGGCGCGGACGCUAGAAUCGAGCAGGGCGAGGCGAACGGCGGUGGUGGUGGCGAUGGUGAGACGCUGUCGGACGAAGAGCAUGCUUCAACCAUGGCCUCAGUCCCAAGCACCAUGAAAGGCGUGGUGAUCAACAAGAACGGCGGCACCGAAGUCCUGGAAUACAAAACCGACCUCCCAGUCCCCAAACCCGGCAACGGUCAACUCCUCGUCCACAACGACUAUGUCGGCGUCAACUUCAUCGAUACCUACUUCCGCACGGGUCUCUAUCCUGCACCGCAAAUGCCAUACACGCUCGGCCGCGAAGCCGAAGGCACAGUAGUCCAGAACGGCUCAGGCGAGCAAUAUGGCUUGAAGGAAGGUGAUCGUGUGCUCAUAAUGAACGAGAGUACAUACGCCGAGUACACCGCCGCAAACGCCGUGAAAGCAGUCAAGAUCCCGGACGGGAUUGAGAAGAAAGUUGGAGUGGCUGCUUUCCUGCAGGGACUUACGGCUUUGACGCUGAUACGGGAAGCACAUCAUGUUAAGAAGGGGGACUGGGUACUUGUGCAUGCAGCUGCUGGUGGAACUGGAUUGUGGCUUGUGGGAUUGUUGAAGGCGGUAGGAGCGAAUGUUAUCGGGACUGCGUCGACGCAGGAGAAGGUUGAUUUGGCUAGCAAGGCUGGGGCGGGACAUAUGAUUAAUUAUAGUCACGAGGAUGUCAAGGCCAAGGUGAUGGAGCUCACGAAGGACGCUGGCUGUAUCGCUAUCUUCGAUGGUGUUGGGAAGUCCACAUUUGACCUUUCUAUGGACUGCUUGGCGAGGAAAGGUAGCAUGGUCAGUUUUGGCAAUGCUUCGGGUGCGGUACCGCCUGUUCCGAUUGCGAGAUUGAGCGCGAAGAAUGCCAGACUGAUGAGGCCGACGCUGUUUGGAUACAUCGCGACGAGAGAGGAGUUUGAGCACUAUACCAAUGAACUGUUUGGUUUUUUGAAAGACGGGAAGAUUGAUGUCAAGAUCCAUAAGACAUACCCGCUUAGCGAUGCAGGCAGGGCGCACAAUGAUCUGGAGGGAAGGAAGACGACUGGCAAGCUGUUGCUCGACCCAUCGAAGUAG